CUUCACCCUCACCCCCCACCUUCGCCACAAUACAAUGUCAGGCAGUGCUACCGACAACAAGGUAGAUGCCAAAAAGUACAUCAUUCAUGAGGGAAUUGUGUUUGCAAUUGAACUUUCAAAGGCCGUGCAUGCGCCCGACGCCGCCAUCGGGGGACGUUCACAGUUGUUCGAGCUCUUGUCCACGAUUGCGGAGUUGUUCAAGCUGCUCGUGAUCACGCUACCGCACUCGGGCGUUUCUGUCUUCCUAUACAACUGCGCAGGUGUCCACCACCAUAUUCACCGCUUAUUAGGAUUACGCGAUAUCAACGGAUGGGCGAUGAAACACUUGAACGGCAUUUUACAGAACCACUUGACAGGGAUCCAGACCCUAGAAGAACGGUUUCCCGUGAGUGACGAGCCCACGCCAUUGCCAAAGCUCUUUAACACGGUGUAUGAUGAGUUUGUGUCGAAAGAGUACAACUGGAAUAAGUUUUUUUGGGUAACGAGUAUGAAAGGUGACGAAUACCUGGAUGAGCUCUACCACACACCCGAACUCAAAAACACUAUCCGACGCACCAUUAUGGACUUUAACAACCGGAACAUCCACUUGCAUCCGAUUCUCCUCGGGGAUGCCUCUCGGUGGAACGAGCGCGACCUCGGCCAGUACGAAGAGUUGCUCUUCAACCUACCGUCCCAUUCGAAUCCCUCUGACGCCCCCGCAACGGAUACGCAAGACCACCUUUACUCGCCCAGUCUCACGUUUGUGGCGGCCGAUGAGAUUAAGAAACGUAUCUUGCGGCUCAAAGAGGUCCAACGGUUUCAGUUCCUGGUGGACCUAUAUCUUUCCUUCCCCCAACUCACGGCGAUGCUCGCACAGACGAGCCCGGAAAAUGCGAGCACGCUCGCAGUCGUAUCGCUCAAGGGCUACGCGGUCUUUUCGCAGGAAAAAUUCGACCGCUCUAUCAACAUGACGUACGUGGACGAGCUCAACCGCUUCAAGGAGGUCCAGGCGGCCAUGAUCAAGGUGGACGACGCCAGCAGCGGGGUUCCUCAGAGCGAAAAGACGAACGGGGAUGGCUGCUUCGUAACCACCUACAAGCUUGGCGACGAGAGCUUCCAUUUGACGGAGGAACAGAAACUGACUGUCAGAGCGCUCAACGACCUCAUCAUGGCGUAUGACGUAUCAGAGGCCCCGGAGGAAGUCUUUGACAGCGCACACUUGCAGAGACUCCCGGAAAACGUGCUAGUGGAGUCGCACGGUGAAGACAAAACGUUCGGCCCACUCUCGCUUACCCUCCGCGUAAAACCGCCGUUCUUGGUCGUGAUUGGCUUCGCGGCCAUGGCAGCGCACCCCCGUCACUUGAGCGUGGCGCCACCUUCGUUCAUGACGGCGAACGUAUCUUGGACUGCCAACUUUAGUAAUAGUUUCAAGGUCUACAGCAGCUUGUACCAGGCGUGUUUGAAGAAGAAGAAGUGUAUUUUGGUGUAUGGGGUCACGCGCAAGAACACCAAUCCGGGAUUAUACGUGAUGUAUCCAACGGCCAAAUCUGCGACGGGGCUCAUCGACGAGAAAGAACACGGGGCGGCCCCGGCUCGGCAGACCCACCCUGAGGGUUUUUACUUGAUCAGGCUAGCAGCCAAUGACGACUACCGAUCAGACCCGCCGUACUUGCUGGAAUUGGUCCAAGACUACUACAACCAGCUAGGGAUGGCUUCGCCUGAUAACUUGCCCGAGCAGAACAAAGACAUCCCGGAGUUGGUCAAAUCCUUUACCAAGUUGUGCAAGCACUUUGUCUUGCGCGAUGGCUACGUCCCCCUGGACUACCCGAACCCGAACAUCAACUACUUCAUGGACAUGCUCGCGCAGCAGCUAUCGCAGGUGGAAGACACCAAGCUGGUGCACGCUGCCAUCGACACUACACCCAGCCAGACGUUGUUGAAGCACGAUGUCACCCUCCAGACGUUGCAGCGCGUACACGAGUCGAUCCAUGCAGACAAUGGUGCCGCUCUCGCGCUUCUCAAGCUGAUUAAUUCGCGCCUAAACAGCGUUGCAAAUGACCAGGAAUUGAGCUUCAUGUCCAACUCGCCAAUGACCGCAAAGAAACCCGCUACAGAAGGCGCCGUCACCGACGCCGACAUGCUGUACGCGUGGAAAAACGGCAAUAUCCACUACUACACGAUGGCCCAGUUGAAAAACUAUAUCAAGCAGAACGAGGCGACUCUCGGGUUUGGACCCACGGGUACCAAGCAGGUCCUCAUUGGCCGUUUGACUGAGUUUUUGAACUUGAAGAACGGCAUGGAUUAGCCAAAAGAUAUGGGUAAACAUGGAUAGCUUUUCCUUUGAGAGAUGAUAUUGUGGAUCACAUAGUGUGAUUUUAUCCAAAUUUGGACAGGGCCGGGCUUAUAGAGCAUUUCCAUGCACUAGAAAUUAAUUAUAUAUCGUAUGUCCAUUUUUUUGAGCCAAUCAAUCUUUACUGGCGAUAAGCGGCAUAGUAUAUUGGUUGAUACAUCAUCUGUAACGGUCUAUUUCGCUCUCUUACUCGAGGUGCUCAUGACGUCCAAUAUUUUCCAAACCUUAGCUCAAAACAGCACCUUGAUCUAACAGGUACAUGUUCAUCA